UUACGACUAGAGUUUACUCUGGUCCCUCUCUCUCUCUCUCUCUCUCUCUCUCUCUCUCUGUUUCGAUACUUCCUUAACAUAUAUCGAAAACGUUCGUUUUUUUGUUACUGUAUCAUUUUUUUUGUUGUUUGUGUAAACAUGCGUGGAUUGCAAAAAUCGAAGAGAGUUUCAUGGGCCUCAGGUUUAGAUCUUUGUCAGGUUAAGUUAUUCUUAUCAGAGGACUCUCCUUCACAAGUUGGGUUGAAUUCUCAAGAUCACCUCCAAGCAAAGAUAUCGUCCUUGUUGCAUCAAGGAGAAGCUAGUUCUGAUGAUAUUUUGCCUCCUGGAUUCGAGGGAACUCAUGCUUCAAGUCAGUUUGACAUUAAGCCAUCCCAAAUACCAGUUAUUAACUGGAUUAAUCCACCUAAGAUCGUGCUAGAUGUCACAUGGCAAGUGGUGGCUGGGGAAGAAAGCAAAGAGAUAGUUGAUCAACAUCAGAGGGAGAUGAGAGUCCUUGAAGCUAUUUAUCCACGAAUAUCUUCCAUUCCUCCAAAUCCUGCUGUUCCAGUGAACGUCGAAGAUUCCCAUUACAUUGAUGAUCAUACUGUUGUAAUACCAAUUACACCUGUUGAAGACGGGGAUGCGGCAGCAGAUACAUUAUCUCACGGUAUAUUAGACAGUUCAAACUCUGCUACGAGUAUGUCAAUGGCGUCUGAUGUAGCUGCUGCAUCUGUUGCUUUAACUAGCUUAGUGAAGAACAGUGAACAUGGUAAUUUGAUUGACCGUGAAUUACUCAAUAAUAUUCUCAACAAUCCUGAAGUGAUUGAAAAGUUGGUUAGAGAUUAUGGAGCUCAAAAUCAUGCACAGUAUGUACAAAACAUGGGAUCAUCUUCAGGAAUUUAUUCAUACGCUCCUAAUCGUGUUAAUCAAGUUGAAACCACUACAACCUCAUCAAACGCUUUUUCAUCCACUUCUUCCUAUACUCACACAACUGGAGGUCAGAUGGGCCCAACUAUUUCUACCCAAUGGCAUCCUAGGCCUGUAAUGAGUUCGGCUAUUGCUGCUACUUCUGUUGAGGCCCCUUCAACAAAAGAUGCAAACUACUAUAAGAGCUUGAUUCAACAACACGGAGGAGAUAAACAAGAAGCACUUCCAUACUCCAGUAAUCGUCAUAACCAGCAACCAUUAUCAAACUAUGAUACAAUACACAAUUUUAGAGCAAAAGGGUCAAAAGCAAAGAUAAUGAAGCCUUGUAUCUUUUUUAAUAGUUCCAGAGGAUGUCGGAAUGGAGCUAAUUGUGCCUUUCAACACGAUGCAUCAUAUCAGCCACAACAAGGUAAUCCUGUGUCAGGGAUACAAAGUUCAAAGAGAAUGAAAAUGGAUAAUGAGAUCAGCAGUUAAUUGAACUCUUACAUGGCUGGUGAUGUUGGUUGCCAUUUAUUUUGAUGGAGAGGCAUGAAUGCAUGGUCCAUAUCAUACACAUUUGAUAUGGUCAAGUUAGCAUUUUAUUCGAUAAGUGAUUUUGAACCUACUUUGCUGCCAGUUUAUUAUGAUCUUACAUUUAUCAUUUUUGAGUUGAUGUCUCCUCUGAGUCUUCCAUGACCGAAAAUUUGCAGUAGUUGCUGCCUCUCUUUCUUGGUCAUUGAUUGUAAUUCAGGAUGAGGUUUUGGUGUUGCAAUUCAUGAGAGAUAUCACUGGCUGGAUGAUGUAUUCAUUUUUUUUUUCCUUUCUUUUUUUACAUUUCGACGGUAUAAAUUGAUUUGCAUUUCCAUCUAUUUUAAACUGCUUUCAUGUUAAUAUUGGCAUAAAUAGGAAGCAAACAAUAAAAUUGCUCAUUGUGGAUUGGGUUCUUUGACAUGAAAUUCUCAUUUUGUUCAAUUUUUAGCUUAUUUGUUCAUU